AUGCUCAGAGUCUAUUCUACAAGAAGGCUUUUCCUGAUGAUAGAGAAGGGAAGUGUCCCCCCAAGCAAGGCCAAUGUUGGUUUUGCAAAAGCCCAAAACAUGUUGACGAGGAUGAGAGCCUAUCUUGCGGACCUCUCAUCAGACCAGAUUGGCUCCCAAGUGAUUCAAAAUCGUGCAAAAGAGAUCAAGGAUAUAGUUUACGAUACUGAAGAUGCUCUUGCAAAGUUUAGAGCUAAGAUUCCAGAUCACGUCCAUUCCAAUAUACUCUCUCAGACGGGGCACGAAGUUAAACAUUCUUUCUCUAAACGGAAAGCAAGCAGAAAUUUGUUAAGAACCCUCGAAGAAAUCGAAAGCACUUUUGGUUCACUACUAGAACUCGACCCACCAAAUUCCAACCGAAGAGUUGAAGAAACUUAUAAUAAUUUGGUUUAUAACCAAGUUGUUAAGGAAGAAGACAUUGUAGGCUUUGAGGAACCUAAAGAAAAACUCAUCAAACAGUUGAUGGAAGGAGAUACGAUGGAAGGGGAUACUUCAAGGCCUUUGCAGAUUUGGAUUGUGGGUCCUAGCGGCUCAGGCAAAACCACCCUUGUAAAGAUUGUUUAUGAGAGCAAAAAGGUGCAACAAUUCUUUGAUUGCCAUGCUUUCGUUGAUGUUCCGCGCACCUUUGAUUGCCGAAAGCUCUUGGUAAGCAUGUUGAGCAAAUUUGAGGACCGAAUGCAAGAACCAGUUGUACUUCAUCAUCAGCGGCAGCAACAUUAUGAAGAAAUAGAGCCGGGGCAAAAAUUGAAACAACUUCUGAGGCAAAAGAAGUAUGUGGUCGUUUUAGAUAAUGUUUGGAGAGGACAUAAUUUUGGAUGCAUUGUAAAUGCUCUGCCAGAAGGUUUGCCUGGGAGUAAAAUAAUUAUAACUACUCGAGACUCUAAUUCUGGUAUGUAG